GCGGUUUACUGGCAUCAACGAUCGCAAUGGUUUACAAGGGCAUCGUCGUCCUCCUCGGCCUGGCCACCCUGGGGCUCGGCGGCGUGGUGCAGCCGGGAGCUCGGGUCCUCGAGAAGAUCGAGGACUUCGACGCAGCUCCGCGGUACAGCUUCGCCUACGACGUCCAGGAUUCCAUAACCGGCGACUCCAAGGCGCAGUACGAGACGCGAAAUGGCGACGUGGUCCAGGGCAGCUACAGCCUGAUCGAGGCGGACGGCACCAGGAGGAUCGUCGACUACACGGCGGACCCCGUCAACGGGUUCAACGCGGUCGUCAACAGGGAACCCGCCGUGGCCGUGGCUCCGGUGGUCGCCAAAGCCGCGGUCGCGGCUGCUCCCGUGCUCCCCAGGGUCGUCGCCGCAGCUCCCAUCGCCUACGCCAGGACCUACGUUGCCGCCCCUGCCCCUCCACCUGCGCUCAGGGCGGUCGCCACUCCGGUUGGCUUCCCGAGGGUCGCCAAAAUCGUCAACCCCGUUGUCGCACCUGCACCUGCACCCGCGAUCGCCAGACUCGCCGCUCCCCUGACUUACGCCGCUGCUGGAUACGCUUUCUCUAGCCCCGGCCACGACCGGCAUCAGUCAACUUCCAGACACGACAUGGCAUUCAAGUUCGUAGCCCUCUGCGCCCUGGUGGCAGCUGCAAGUGCAGGAAUCAUCCCUACGGCUCCAUUGGCGUACCACGCCCAGGCUCCAUUGGCGUACGCCGUCCCCGCCGCGAAAGCCGUGGACGCGGACUACGACCCCCAUCCGCAGUACAGCUACGCCUAUGACGUGCACGACAGCCUGACCGGCGACGUCAAGAACCAGCACGAGACGCGCGACGGCGACGUCGUCCAGGGCAGCUACUCCCUGAUCGAGGCCGACGGCACCAGACGCACCGUCGACUACACCGCCGACUCCGUCAACGGAUUCAACGCCGUCGUCCACAAGGAGCCGGCGACGGUCGCCGUCAAGACCCUGGCCGCCCCCAUUGCUCACGCCGAGCCGGUGCACUACGUGGCCAACGCCGCCCCCGUGGCGCAUCAUCUUGCCUAUGCGGCCCCCGCUGCGCCACUACUACGAAGCGCAGCCGGCGCAGCACUACUCCUACGCUUCGCCCGUCUACGCCUACCAUCAUUAAGUGCAAAACCGUUGCACCUGCGAUAAGGAGGAACCGAUACAGAUGCAGGGUACAGGACCCUUUCAACAUAUGGCCGAAAUUCAUCAAAGCGUGCAGGCGACAUUGGACCAAACGUCGGACACCUUUCGGCGCCUCCAGGAGCCGAAGGGUUAAGGGGAUGUGAAAGUGACAUUCGAAAGAUAAAUCGUUCGUGAAACUUCUCUA